AUGGAGACGCUGGGCCUCGUGCGUGACAUGGGCUUGUGUUGGGCUCGCAUACUAGAGUUGGGCCAGGAGGUACCCGUUGAUGCGAAGCAAGGAGGGCCUCAUGCGCUGCACUGGCCUCGGUCGGAUUGUAAGUCCAUGGCGGGCUGGAAAGCAGCAAAGGCCUAG